AUGCUGUUGGACCAAGGAGUGUUAUUCAAGGUUUUUAACGUGAAGUACCCCCAAGGUACGUUGGAUCCGUUUGUGGUUCAGAUUGUUCACAUGAAGUCAAUCUCCCAAACUGAGCACAAGUACCGGAUGUUGCUUGGAGACGGCGAGUGGCUGGUACAAGCCGUGCUGGAAGGUAUUUGUGGUGACCAGAUUCACAACUUGGGAAUUGAAAAGGGGAUGUGUAUCAAACUUUUGGAGUAUCUGUUAGUCACGGCUUCCACUAAACGCUUGCUUGUACUCAAGAAUAUCGAAAUGGUGCCGGGUCUCAACCCAAACAUCAAAUCAAAGGAUCUUAAACCCACCGACAGUUAUUACCAGGCUCACCCCGAGGAAGAUUUACUUGCUAAUGAACUUUCGUCACCGGCGCCACUGACGCCGGGCGCACCCGUAACCUCGUCGACUCCCGGUCCUCGCAAUGUUAACGUGCCGACGGGUAGAAAGGUGACAAUGAUUGAAACCAUCUCGCCCUAUGGCAACAAGUUAAUAAUCAAAGCGAGAGUGAGUUACAAGGGCGAUAAGCGUACUUACGCCUCGAAAAAGAAUGACUCAACUGGUCAACUUAUCAAUUUUAACCUCUUAGAUGAGCUGGACGAAAUUCGCGCUGCCGCAUUUGGGGAGGUGGUUGAUAGACUUGAAAGAGAAUUGGAAGAAGGGAAGGUUUACUAUUUUCUGAAAUUCAAAGUUAGGGAGUCCAAUCCCAAAUUCACUACCUUGACCCACAGAUUUGAACUCGUAUUUGACAGGGACACCGUAAUUGAGGAGUGUUUCGACCAACAAGAUGUUCCCAAGUACAACUUCAACUUUGUCAAAUUGGAUCAAGUGCAAAACUUGGAGAGUGGAACUAUUGUUGACGUUAUUGGAGUCUUGAAGCAUGUGGCGGACUACCAAGAAAUCACGUCGACUAGGACCGGCAAGACGUUUCAGAAACGCUCCUUAACUAUUGUCGAUGACCUGGGAUUUGCUAUCGAGGUCGGUGUUUGGAACAAAAAUGCCGUCGCUUUCAACAUACCGGAGGGCCUGGUUGUCGCUUUUAAGCAGUGCAAAAUUGGCGAAUUUAGUGGUUCGCGUAACCUUUCUGUGACUCCCGCUGGUUCGUUCAUGGCUAACCCUGAACUGCCCGAGUCGUAUCGCCUCAAGGGAUGGUAUGACAACUUAGGCACCUCCACUGAUUUCAAGCUGCUCAAGCAAGAAUCCUCUGCUGGGGGUUCUUCCGUUAUGGAACGGCGCAAGACUAUCGCUCAAGUCACUUCGGAGAAAUUGGGCCGCCUGGAAAAACCAGACUAUUUUGAUGUCCGCGCCUCUACUUCAUAUAUCCGUACAUCCGGCACCAUCGCUUAUCCUGCUUGUAACAAUCAAGUGGAACGCAAUGGACGCCAAGUCGCCUGCAACCGUAAAGUUAUCGAGGACGGUGAUCAAUGGCGGUGCGAAGGAUGUAAUAUCACCAUGGACGAACCGCAUUACCGUUGGAUCCUCUCUGCUCUGUUGCUUGAUGCAACGGGCCAAUUGUGGGCAACGUUUUUCGACGAAGAAGCCGAAAAGUUACUCGGGAAGUCCGCUAAUGAAAUGAUGAAAAUUAUGAAAGAGGAAGACCUGGAUAACAAGGUGGUAUCGGCUGCUGUUUUCGAAGCUGCUCUCUUUAAAGAGUACAAUUUCCGUAUCAAGGCCAAGUUAGAUCUGUACAAUGAUGAGGAACGGGUGAGAUAUCAAAUAGUGGAAUUGCGCGACAUCGAUUAUAGCGCUGAGUCGGAGUAUUUGGCUAAUGAGUUGGAGAAAUGUCUUUGA